AUGCCUUCUAUCAAGAACACGCUCCUGGCUGCGGCUUCCGCCGCUGUAGUGGCCGCCAAGUCCGCCCAGGUCAACGUCUACUACGGUCAGCAGGGCAGCAAUGAGCUGUCCACUGUCUGCCAGACCGGCAUCGACUACGUGACGCUGGCCUUCGUCAACAUCUCGCCCGAGAACGGCGGCAAGUCCGGCUACCCUGGUGACAACUUCGCCAACCACUGCUUUGCUGGCUUUUACCCCGACUCGUUCCUGCUGAAGGACUGCCCGGACAUCACCGAUGGCUGGCAGACGUGCAAGGACAACGGCGUCAAGAUCCUCCUGUCCAUUGGCGGUGUCUUCACGAAGGACGCCAACUACACCGUGUCCUCCGAUGCCGAGGCCACCAAGUUUGCCGACUUCCUGUGGGGUGCCUUUGGUCCGUACGACGGCACCGACAAGUAUCCCCGUCCUUUCGAUGUCGGCACCACCCACAACUCCGUCGACGGCUUCGACCUGGACAUCGAGGAGAAGUUCGCCGACCAGGGUCCCUGGAACACCCUUGUCUCGCGGCUGCGCACCAACUUCAAGGGCGGCGACUACCUUGUCACUGCUGCUCCCCAGUGCCCCUUCUCCGACAAGAACUUCCAGAUGACUGGUAUCCUGGCCGGGUCCAAGUUUGACCUCCUCUUCAUCCAGUUCUACAACAACCCGGUCUGUGAUGGCCUGGGAGCGGGUUUCAACUUCAAUGCCUGGGUCACCCACCUCGCCGGCUCCCUCAACGCAAACACCCCGCUGUUCAUUGGUCUGCCCGCUAGUCCCGAGGCGGCCGGGACCGGCUACCUUAACCCCAAGCAGUUUGAGAACCUGAUUGUCAAGUACCGCGGCAACAGCCACUUCGGUGGCAUCAUGCUGUGGGACGAGUUCUUCGGUCUCAACAACCCAGUCGAGACCAAGCAGCAGGGCAAGACCAACUAUAUUGGCCUGGCUGUCGAGCUUGCCAACCCUGCUGACCCCGUCCCGUCGAUUAUCUCGACCUCGAGCGUCGUCUCUUCCAGCUCGGCUUCUUCAUCCGCUUCGUCGUCCGCUUCUGCCUCCAGCUCUGUCUCGGCCUCUAGCUCGGCUUCCAGCUCCGUCCCUUCGUCGUCUGCCUCUGCUUCGGCUUCUGCUUCCAGCUCGGCCUCCAGCUCCGCUGCUUUCAGCUCCACUCAUUAUUCCAACUCUAGUACCUCAGCUGUCCCUAGCUCGACCAGUGGCUCUGCCGGCGGCUCUGCCAGUGCUUCGGCCUCUACCGGUCCCAUCUCCAGCCCGGCUGUUUCGCCUUCCGCCUCGCUGAUCACCUCGACUGUCCGCUCGACCUACACGAGCACCAUCCUGUCUUGCGCUCCGACGGUGACCAACUGCCCUUACGGCAAGGUCACCACGGUCGUCGUCGAUCUGUACACCACCAUCUGCCCCGUGACUGCCACCGAGAAGCCCACCACCAGCAUCCCUGCCGGCGGUAACGGUGGUGCUGGCGGUGCCCCUGUUGUCAGCACCAUCUACAGCACCAGCUACGAGACCAUCACCUCGUGCGCUCCCGAGGUCACCAACUGCCCGGCCCGCGUCAACACCCACACGGUUGCUGUCAGCACCAUCACUGUCUACCCUGGCUCGGGCUCGGGUGCCAACUCAUCGCCGAUCAUUGUUGGCAACGUCGCUGUUCCCACGACGACGCUUAUUGCGGUGCACUACAGCAACUCGACGGCCUCGACUGUUACCAAGGUCAAGCCUACGACCGGUGGUGCCGGUACGGGCAGUGGCAACGGGAACGGGAACGGCAACGGCAACGGUGCUGGCUCUGGUGCCACGGCCAGCGCCUCGCGCCUUCCCUCCUCGCCCAGCAGCAGCGUCGUCACUGCUGGCGCUCGCAAGGUGUCGACCCAGAUGGGUCUGGCCGCCCUGUUCGUCGCCGGUGUUAUGAUGAUGCUGUAA